ACCUGACCGGUAGUGUAUUUCUUCUCGCGAUCUUUUGAAACACUGCACUCAAUCGGUCGGCAGCUUCAUCAUGGAGGAAGAGUACGGACGGAAAACGGAUCGGUGCCUUGCUGACAGCGCUGUCAAAAUCGGAACCGGUCUUGGAGUCGGCAUAGUUCUCUCUGUCCUGUUCUUCAAACGCCGUACAUGGCCAGUUGCGUUUAGUGCAGGAAUGGGGCUGGGAAUGGCCUACUCCAACUGCCAGAAUGACUUCAGGUCACCAUACCUGCUGCAUGGACACAUGGUCAAGGAUCAGUAGAGGAGCACGGGAGGUGCUGAUCUGGGAGGAGUUGCAGUCUUUGCCGUCAUCCGUCACGCUGUUCAUUUCUGUUUGCCUGACACUCUUUGUUCGCUACCUCCACAUGUUCUGUUCCCUGUCACCAUUGUAAUUGCUAUGUCUGGAAAAAAUGUUGUUUAUUUAAUCGUACCAUAAUGAAAAUAAUUAAAGUGAUGACAUUUAAGAUUUAAAAAA